GACGCGGGACCCACGUGGCGCGGAGAUGGCGGCGACAGGAGCGCUGGUCACUGUCACAGUCACUUACAGCAAUGAAAAACACAGUAUUCAAGUUGCUCCUCAACAGGAAGAUGGUGAACCUACGCUCCAAGACAUGGCUCUGCUUAUUGAACAAGUCACUGGAGUUCCAGUUCCUUUUCAGAAACUGAUAUACAAAGGAAGGUCACUCAAAGAACUGGAACAACCCUUGUCAGCACUUGGUGUUAAAAAUGGUUGCAAAGUCAUGUUGAUUGGCAAAAGGAAUAGUCCAGAAGAAGAGGCUGAAUUAAAGAAGUUAAAAGACUUGGAGAAGUCAGUGGAACAAAUAGCUAAUAAGUUAGAGGAAGUUAAUAAGGAGUUCACAAGUAUCCAGAAGGGAUUUUUAGCAAAGGACCUCCAAGCAGAAGCGCUAAAACAGCUGGACAAGAGGAUAAAAGGAACUGCAGAGCAGUUCAUGAAGAUCCUGGAACAUAUUGAUGCCACUAGUCUGCCAGAGAAUUUCAGUGAUUGCAAGCUGAAAAAGAAAGGGUUGGUGAAAAGGGUGCAGGCUUUUCUUGCCCAGUGUGAUACCAUUGAAGGAAAUAUUGGUCAAGAAAUGGACAAGCUACAGUCAAAGAAUUUGGCACUGGCAGAAUGAGGCAUUGCCCUACGUAAUUAGGAAACAUAAUUGCUCUGUGAGCAAGAAGACAAGUUUGCUCUUUGUUUUGGAGCACGUAUUCAGCUUUUUUUUUUUUUUUUGAAAGCCCAGUCUGUUAGACUGGUACCAGUCAAUCAUUUCUUGCUGGUUGUCUUGUUUGCCGCUUGGUUAGACUUCUUACUUUGAAAAGAAAAUCCUUCUUGAAGAAUGGCAGAAAUAAUCUUUGUGGUGAAUUGUUAUGUAUCUUAUGGAUGAAUGUUUAGUUUACUAAGUUAUAAAGUUUGCAGUGACAGGCAAUUUUGUCUGAUAUGUCUUUGAAUUUAUUGAAUUUAUUUACAGCUCAAAUCAAAGAAGGUCUGUAAUCAUACAAGUGCCAUAAGUGGCAAUUGUAGGACUUCAGCUUGAUUGAAAAAGGCAAACUGAGACAACAUCUGGGAGAGUUGAACAUUCUAGUAGACAGUUCAGAGCAAUAAAGAAAACCCUACACAUUUGUAUCUACUUAAUGUUUGUAUGCAUUUAUAAAUAUAAGAAAGCUUGACUUUUCCUCUUGACUAUAAGGAAGUCGUACCUAUUUUAGCCUUAAACUGUCAUAAUAAAUGGAAUGUACUGUAACAUGUAAGGUACUUAAUUUUGAGUGGUGCUUUAAGUUGUUACUGAGCUCCUUGAUACUGACGUAUGUUUUUUACAUAGAUUACUGAUGUACUGUGGUUUUUAUAGAUUAUUCUUAUUUUUAUUGUUUGUGUUCCCUCUUGAGUUAUGGUGGGAAAUGAAAUGAGAUUGCUCAUGCUGCUCAUAUGCCAAGGGUUUGGUUCAAGCAAGGUAUAACUAAGGAGCUGUUUUGAAAGGAAUUUUUUGUACUCUUUUUCUGAUUUCACUAAAUUAAUGAUGCUAUAUUUAAUGGAAAAUUGUAGUGAUUAUUUCUAGUCUGUUAAGGUAAUCAGUGAACUUUUAUAACCUAAUACAAAGUGACACAGCUUUAUUUUAGCAGUGCCAUGCAUCUGAGGGUUUUGACUGGUUGUUGCAGUCAGAUAGGUGCCAUGCUUAUCUUUCUCUGUUAGGUGAAAAAUAAGCUUUUGUAGGAGAUAGUAUGAUAACUGUCAGCAGGUGCAGCCAGGGCUGUUGGUCAGAGCCUGGGGCUAAUUUAACUAUAGCGGGAGCUGCUUUCUCACUGACACUUCUGGUUGGUCAGUCGUAUACACAGUGGCUGGUGAAAUAGUGGCUGGUAAGGAGCCUUUUUUCCAUGGGAGGAAAAAAGUCUCUUUAAUCUCAAACGAGUCAGACUAAGAAUGUUUAGAAAUGGCCUGUGGGUAGUGAGCUUUUAUCCAUAUGGGGCUAUUUUAAGAUUAGCUGUCCUUUCAAGAUAAACGUAGGGAAAGUGUGUAAAAAUAUUUUAACUUCUAAUAGGUUAUAAACCUUAAAUAAUACCUAAAGUAUUAUUAGAGGAUUGUCUUUGAUCUUUGCAGUUAGAGGAGCAUUUCUUUAGUGAAAAAUGUCAUUGGACAAAUACGGUGUUAGUCCUGUGUUUUAUUCGGAAAAUGCCUUUUGACCAUACCAAGGUUGGAGUUGCCAUAUUUUUUGCUGUUAACCAGUUUCUUCAAGGUUGUAAUUUUUCUUCAGAUAAGUCAUCUCAGCAUCUGUGGAGGAUUUUAAGGUCUGAACUCCUAAGAAGCUGUCUCAUAGAAUUAAAGAAUCAUAGAACGGUUUGAGUUUGAAGGGACCUUAAAGAUCAUCCAGUUCCAACCGCCCUGCAGUGGGCAGGGACACAACCCACUAGAUCAGGCUGCUCAAGGCCCCAUCCAACCUGGCCUUGAACACUUCCAGGGAAAUGAUAUGUUUGGUAGGACUAUGGAUAUUUUUUUCCUAGGUUACCGGUGUGGUCAAUGCUGCAUUUUCCCAGCACUUUAAGGUCAGGAGGAAAAAGAGUUGGUUGUAGCCAUUUUUAGUUUGGUGCUGCUCCUGGGCCAGAUUCAGCUGACUCUUAAACCACCAGCAACACAGUUGCCUAAUUCAAAGUAUGCAAAAUUAUGCACUUUUCUAUGAUGCGAAGGAUCCUUGCUCUCUCAAAUAUAAGUCUUCUAAUGUGUUGAACUUUCACAGGUGAAUGUGUAACAAGUAAAUCACCUUCUGGUACUCAUGAAGAGAACUGGGAGCUGUAGUCCUGGCAAGGGCUGUGUCCGUUUCUGCUGCUCCUUUUUAUUUUUCCUCUCUUGGGUGAGAGCGCUAAGGCUAUAGGCAAACAUCAUCUUCCAAGCACUGCUUCCCAAAAACUGCUGUUUCUUGAGAUGCACUUGUGUGAGUGCAACCUCAGCAAGUCUCAAAGCCAGGUGGAUUAACUUUAAGAUGUUCCAUGGUAGGUCUUCUGAUAACCUGGUACUUUGAGGCAAAGAAAGUGGGGAUGAAUUUUCCUCACCAGCACAUCUGGAUUCAACAAGAGAAGUGUGUCCUGAGCUGGAGUUAAAUUACAGUGGUAAUUCCUGGUACCAGAGUGUUUGAUUUCUAGGUCAAAAGUAUCAGUGUAUGAAGACAAACCUUUGCAGUAUAAGUUCUUUUGGCUUCCAAAUAAAUAAUUGAUUUAUUUUGGAAAACAGUUGUUGUACUUAGAGUUAUCAAAGGAUUAACUUUUAUACUUAGUUUUGAAAGAAGAGCCCUAUUUUUGUUUUGUAAUAGCCUUAAAUUUCAGUAAAAGCAAACUUCUGUGCUUUUGAAAAGUGCAGCAGACUACAGUUGUGGGAGGAAGGGAAAGGAAGAGCAGAUUUUAAAUACUCCUCAGAAUUUGUAAAGGUAAACGUGGAUCUCGAUCAAGCUUAAGCUGUGUUCUCCCUGAUUCAGUAGUCUAGGCAUCCAAUGUUGCCUAUUUUGCUGCUGAAUCGUUUCCCCGGCCAUCUGCCCUGAUCAUGUCAAGUGAGAAGUGACUCCCUUUUGCCUUAGUUGCACUUAUCCCAUUGUCUUCCUCCAGUUGCUCUGGCUGUGUUUACACAACUCAGAUUUGCCAUCUGGGCAAAAUGUCUUGCCACAAAGUUUGUCUUCUAUGAAAAUGGAAAUCAAAUUACAUACUUCUUUGCCCCCUUUUUCUCCCCCAGCUGCUAUAGGCUGGUGUGAGAUGGACCAAACCCAGCAUUCAGGGGGCUGGAGACUCUGGAGCUGUGGUAUGUCUUGCUCUCUGGGACAGCAUAAAAUAGGCUGCUUUAGUGGUGUCCUCUGUGACCAAGUCCUCCUGAAGGAAAUGUUGCAGUAAACCUGGAGUAAUGCGCUUUUGACUUUUAAUGGUCGCUCAUGGUUUUGAGUGGAGUACUUGACAGUGUGGAACUUGGGGCUACGUUUUUUUAGUUAACUUAUUUUAUUGUACUAUCAUAAAUGAAAAGGUAA